AUGAAUACUCAGGGUACUGCUGUAGGAUAGAUAAGUGCUCGCCCUACAACUUCUCUAAAUAAUCCAUCCUAGCUCGCAUAUCAUAGAUUGGUAAAUCAGAUUAGCAAUCAACUGUUGAAUCUAGAGUUUCACAUAACAGGUCAAAAAGAUCUUCUGCUUGAGACGGCUAGCGGACUUAAAGACGAAAGAAUGAGUUCAAAUCACCAUAUAAAUGGGAUCCACAUUUUGAUAAGAGAAUUGCAGAAAGGAAAAUUUUUAAGGAAUAAACGCAAUAUAUGGUCAACUAAAAUCAAAAGAAGUACCUCAUCUAUAAAGAUUGGUACAACGAAUGGAUAGAUUUUCUAUAUGGCGAAAUUGAACAGCCUCCAAAAAAGAUUGAUAAUACUUACCUAGUCAAAUUAAUAAAUGAGGAUGGAAUAAAUUCACUAUAGUGAAAUGUAGAUUAUUACUAACUACCAUUUUAAACAUGAACAAUUAAGAAAGCCUGGAUUAUUGAAGUAAUUGAUGCAUGUGAAAGUUUUAAAUUUAAUGUCAAAUAAUACUAAAGACUAAACUUUAAAUGGAUUUGGAGUUGAGGAAAGAUAAAUAAGUCGACUUUCAAUUAUUAGAGAUCACCUAGACAUAAGCAGCUCGAGUCAAGUAAUGACCAAUAAUAAAUCAUUUGACUAGUCAUUUAAUACUAGCUCAGUCUUGUCAAGCUAGUCAAGAAAAACUAAGUAUAUAAUAUCCUCAACAGUUGAAGAAGAAGUUAUUGGCAAUAGAUCGACUGGUAAUCAAAGUUUUUUGUCAGGUAAUCAUAGAAGAGCAUUGAGUUAAAUGUCAAACAGUAAAAAUAUUCCACCUGGAUUAAUUGGGCUAGAUAAUCAAGGCAAUAAUUGUUAUAUGAAUGCAGUUCUGUAGUGUUGCCUUGCAUUAGAACCAUUUAGAAAUAAAAUUUAAGAAUAAUCCUAUGACUUUGAUCUUACAAAUACACCAUUUUGUUCAGCUUUUUAAAAAGUUAUUUUUAUCAGUGAAAAGAACUAGCUCCGAUCUUGGAUUCUGCCUCAAACUUUAUAAAAAUUGGUCCAUCAGAAAUUUUAACCUAUCCUUUAGCAUGAUGCUCACGAGUUUUUCAUUUUCUUUAUGACUUAGUUGUCUGAAGAGUUAUAGAAACUUAACAAAAAGAAUGAGUAGAAGGAGUAGAUUAUGGAAUUGAAGAAAUAAAAACAGAAUGAGAAUGAUCAUAAUCUGUAAUCUUCUGAAUAUCAUAUUAGAGAUGGUGACUAAUUAAGUGAUACUGAUAAUAUAGUAUUGGAUGAUAUAGAUAUAAGCAUACCAAAUGAAAGAGGGAAUAAUGAGGACGGUGGUGAUAGGUAGGAGACUCAUGAAAAAUGGACUAGUUACAAGGAAAGGAAUAACUCAUUCAUUGAUCAUCUAUUUACAGGAAUGUUUAAGAGUAUAGUCAUUUGUGCUCGAUAUAACUUUAUGAAAGAAGAGAAUCUCUAAAAUUACUUUUGCACUAAAUGCAAAAAGGAAACUAAAUCAGCGACUCUGAAAGUUUAAAUCGCUUAAUUUCCAGAUAUUCUUGUAAUUCAUCUGAAAAGAUUUCAGCAAUUUCCAUUUAUGAAGAAAAUUCGAGGGUUUUAAAGGUAUCCCUUAAAGUUGGAUGUGAGUGACUAUGUCAAUAGUGAUAAAUCAAACGAAAUCAAAUAUCACUAUGAACUAAGUGGAAUAGUAGUACAUUGGGGGACAUUAGAGCAUGGACAUUAUAUAGCGGUUGUAAAAAAGAUAGUAUAGGGGAAGAACAAAUGGUACUAUUGCAAUGAUCGUAAUGUAGGGGAAUGUGAAGAAAAACUAGCCUUAUCACAAGAAGCUUAUCUUCUCGUUUAUUCUAAAGUUAAUAAAUAAUUAUGA